UUAAACGGUGAUUGUGGGCGGGGCUUAGAGCAUCUUUGAGGGCGGAUCUAACACAGUGAGGACGCGUGGUUGAAUAUUUGAAUUCAGUUAACAAGUUGUUAAGAUAUUAGUCAUCUAAUACAGCACAACAGAGGCAGGGAGCACUACUGUAACACUGUAUAUAUCUCCUGUUCUGGUGCAAUAGAGUGUUAAGUUUGUAUAUGUGUAAUAUUAGCUUGUAUUAGCUGCUAACUUUAGCUACACUUUGAGGAGAGAUCUCUGCAACUUGCAAUGAAAGCAGGCGUCCACUGCCGUUGUUCCAAAUGCUACUCGAUUCCGGCUCGGAAGCGGGUCCGUAAGCGAAUACCAGCCCUGACCCUGCUGUCUCUACCCGAGGAAGUCCUCCUCUGUGUGCUCCAGUGCCUUUCUGCUGAGGAUCUGCUGUCUGUCAGAGCUGUUCACUCCCAGCUGCGGGACAUUGUUGACAACCACUCCAGUGUAUGGGCCAGGGUCAGCUUCAGGGACACGUGGCCAUCUCCCAACUCCUUAUGGCUAUUUGAAAGAGCUGCUGAGAAAGGGAAUUUUGAAGCUGCCGUGAAGCUAGGGAUCGCUUAUUUGUACAAUGAAGGACCGUUGUUGAGCGACGAGGGGCGAGCGGACGUGUGCGGUCGCAAGGCCUCCCACUUCUUCAGCCUGGCAGAGAGCCUGCACUCUCCCACGACGGAUCCCUUCAUCUGGGUGUUCAUCCGUCCGCCGUGGUCGCCCACCGGCAGCUGCUGUAAAGCCGUGGUGUUCGACCGCCUCAAGGCUGAGUGCGACAACAAUGCGGAGAAGAGAGGACCCUUGUUGCACUGUUUGGCCAGAGUUUUGCAGCUGUUUGAAGGUGACGAAAGACGCUCGGACGCCAUAUCUAUGUUGGAGGACUCGUCGCAGGCUGGCUGUCUACAGAGCUCCUACAUGUUGUGGGAACACAACCGGAAAGCAGCUAUGGCAGAUCCAGGCAGGUACCUCCAGUGUAUCCGAACCCUCAGGGACUAUGCUGGCAAAGGAUGCUGGGAGGCACAGCUCUCGCUGGCUAAAGUGUGCAGCAAUGGGAAUCCGCUGGGUCUGGAGUCAAAAGCCUGCUCUGAUCUGGUGGCUCAGCUCUUCAGUAUCUCUAAUCCGGCAUCACGACACUGCGUUCAGGGCCUCCUGAGACGAGGCAUCAAGGACACCAUGAGGUACAUCCUGGUGGACUGGCUGGUGGAGGUGACCACCAUGAAGGAUUUCUCCAGCCUGACGCUGCAUGUGACCGUGGGUUGUGUGGACCGUUACUUGGCCCUGCGCUCUGUCCCCAAGGCUCGCCUCCAGUUAUUGGGAAUCGCCUGCAUGGUGGUUUGCACACGCUAUAUCAGUAAAGAAAUCCUGACCAUACGUGAAGCUGUCUGGCUCACAGACAACACCUACAAAUAUGAGGACCUGGUUCGAAUGAUGGGGGAGGUUGUCUCCGUGCUGCAGGGAAAGAUCAAGAGCCCCACACUGCUGGACUACGGGGAGGUGCUGCUGUAUCUGCUCCCUCUGGAGAGGCGGACCACUCACCUAUUCAGCUACAUCUGCGAGCUGUCGCUGCUCUACUCUGCUCUCGCCACACCGCCGCCUUCCAAACUGGCUUGCGCUGCACUACUGCUUACGCGAGCACUACAUCACUAUGCUCCCGUCUGGCCCAGCCAGUUAGUUGACUACACAGGCUUCUCCAAGCAAGACCUCGCCUCCCUUGCUGUGCUGCUCUAUGUCAAGUGUUUCAGUCAAGAUGUUCCCAAAGAUUACAGGCAUGUGUCUCUCACUGGCGUUAAGCAACGGUUUGAAGAUGACGCCUACCAGCACAUCAGCAAAGAAAAGGUGAUGGAUUUUAAAGAGCUGUGUCAGAUCUUGGAGAUUCCUGAGGUGGAGCCUCAGAUGGAGCCUCCCAGUCCCACUGGUCAACCAGGAGACAUCCACACCUUCCUCGCCUCUCCAUCCAGCACCAACAAGAGGAGACGCGACGAUGCCAUGCAGGCCCACAGAGCCGGCUUUGUAGCCACGCCCACUGCCGAGCUGUCCAAUCAGGAGGAGACGCUGCUGGGCGACAUCCUGGACUGGAGCCUGGACACUUCCUGUUCCGGUUACGAGGGCGACCGGGAGGAGGAGAGCGAGGGAGAGAGAGACAGCGAUUCUUCCAUGAUAUCCAUCGAACUGCACUCGCUGACUGAUGCGGACGAAAGACUAGAGCACUGCAGAGCCUUGUCCAGCGAUGAAGACAGCUUCUCUGAAGUGGAAAAAGAGGCGAGCAAGGAUUGCCAAGACCAGGAACCCUUUUCUACAGACCUUCACAGCUCAGGGUACUCCUCUGUCCAGAGCAUCAGCCCCUCGUCCACAUGCUCCUCCUCCUCCUCCUCCUCUUCCUCCCUCAUGCCUUGCACAUUCAAGACCAUUACCACUUCCCUGGGCGCGGCCAACGCCCAGCCGGGCUUCCGCCUUUUGGUGCCCAUGCAGAGGCCCCGGGGCCCCUCCAGCAAACAGGUGAAGAGGAAGAACUCGGCAGCUCACAGUGGAGGCGAGGUGGAAAAAGUAGAGGAAGAGGACGGAGACGACGAGUAUUCUACCAACGCGGGGUUCCUGAGCCUAUAGACGGAGGUUGUUCAGAGACCCCCCGCUCAGAUAUUAUCCUCCAGCACUUUUUUUUUUCAUCCUCUCGACGCUGUUCCUCACUCCCGUCUGUCUGCACUGAGCCGUUAAUUGCCAGAAGAUCAAGAGACUUUCAAGUAAGGGAAAAAAAACAACAAAUGAAUUACCUAGAAACUCUACUGCAUUACAUUUCAUUUACACGUUUACAGGCACGGCACAAUAAAAUACCUCCCAUAAAAGAAGACUCACAGUCAGCUCUGAAACCACUGGAACACGACUUUUCCUCAGGACACUUUCUGUUGUUUUACAGCCUUCUACAACAACAGAUAGUUGUAAAAGAAAUAAAACCUCAUGGGCUUGUUUUUUGGGAGGGGAAAAAAAGUGUUCAUUGUUAAACUCAUAUUGUCGGAAAACCUUAAAACAUAGCUGUCAUGUUAUUGUGAUUGUUUUGGUUAUCAUAGUUUCUGAUACGCACUGUCUAUACAAGACUCAGUCUUGUAUUUGGUGACUACUGUCAUCUAGUUGAUGGAAAUGUCUGCAUCUGAAGCCUAAAAAAUGAUUGUAUGAAUUAUUUUUGUUCAGUUUUUGUCCUUACUUCUACGUGUGUUUGCCAAAGGUACUGUGGCGGUGUCAUUUGUGUUUUCAGGGGCAUCUACUUCAAUAGAAACAGCUGUGAAAUGAGUCUUUUAGUAGUCUGCAUCUUCUAGAGUCCUCUAGAGUACAUGAACACCAGUUGUGCUGUUUUGAUCAAUAUUACAUAAAAGACCUAUAGCACACUAAUCCCAUCAGGAACAGCAGAUGUUUGCUGUUAUAUCGACACACUAUUUGUUCAAUAAGGUGUGCACAUAAUAGAAUUAACCAACAAUCGUCAGCUCAAUGAGAAUCGUUCAAACCUCAUUAAGAUGUUUAGUGCUGCACAGUCGUUAAUUCUUCUGCAACAUGCUGAUAAGUAUUAUACUAAACCCACAUUUCCUCCCAUCUGAAUUAGAUCCAGCACUUUUAUCAUCACAGAAGGAAGCGUGAUUCACUGAAAUAAUUUCCCCGCUUGAACAAUCAAUACUAAAGUAUUUUUGAAUGGAUUUUGUUUUGCCUUCAUGGAGCGAAAGGGAAGUUCAGACACUAACGGAAAAUUAUUACCUGAUGGGGUUUUUGAAAGUACUGUAUGCCUCAUGUCUAAAAAGUCUGUGACUGACUAUAAAUGCAUUUUAAACUGUUACGCCAGACUGGUUAUAACCUGUGUUUUUUAUAAAUGUACAUAGUACUAUAUGUAUAAAUGCAGAAAAGACAAAGAAAAUGCCACAACUACUUGAAAUUGUUUUUGCUUCAUUCCAAAAAGGCAGUUUUCUUUGUGUUUUUUUUUACAGUAGUUUUAUCUCAUUAAACUUGAUGUGAAUAUGUAAUUUUGUAUUGAGUUAAAAUAAAAACAAGCCAUCAUGCAA